GAUUUUGUUUUCUUGUCUAUUAAAUUAUUAUAUCGUAGUUUUGGAAUCUGGCAUGGCUACUUCAACAAUGGCGACUGCUGUUGUUGUAGGAAGUCGAGAAAUUGUGGUGGGUUGAUGUGAUUCGCAUCGCUAUAUUUACUGAUCCUAACUGCAAAAGUGUUGAUAUUUGUUAUAUUUUGCAGUUAUACUUUAUAAUUAAGCAUGAUUUUUGUUUCUUUGUGGUGAAAUAAAUACUAUCUUUUGCUGUAAUUCGAAACUAUACCAAAUCUAAAUUUGUCUCGUGGACUGUCACGUGACAUGUAUGUUUGUAUGUUGUGUUGUAUUUUAUGAUGGCGGCUUUGAUUUGUGCAUGUUUGAAGAAGUAACUUCGAAAAAUAAAAUGCAUAAAAAUAUAUAUCGCCUAGAUGAAAUCAAACAUUCACAUUCAUCCACAAAGGAGGUAUUUCCUUAUAAUCUAGUGAUAUUUAGAUUGUUUGAUGCUGACAUAUAAAUAAUAAUGGCAUCAUCAGCUAAACGAAGAAGUAAAGGUAGUAAAGCCUCAGAUGGCAAAAGGAAGAGGAAGUAUAGCGGCAGUGAUGAAGAUGGGCCUGCUUAUCUUUCAUCGAAAUAUGCUGAACCACCAACAUCCAAAAUUUACAAUAAUCGCUUCAAACAGAGUAAUCAUCCUGAUCAGCUGUUUCGAGCAGAUCUUAUUAGUGCCAUGAAAAUGCCUGAUAGUGAACCUCUAGCACCAGAAGAAUAUGUUAUUAUUGAAGAUUCUUGGAGAACAGAUUGGGAGAGAGGUGUACAAGUUCCUGUUAACCCUGAUACUUUGCCCGAACCAACCUUUAGGAUAUUCCGGAAAAGAAAUAAAGAUGCCCAUUAUAAGCAAGACAAGAAGCUGAUUCGUUUUACUCGUGACUCCCAUUUUGACCCAUCAAUUCAUGUCAUGAGUUAUAUGAAUACGCUGGCUGAACAAAUCUGUCGUUAUGAUAUGGAUAGUGUCGAUUUUCAUUGGUUAACUUCGAUCAAUCAGGAUAGAGAAGAUUAUGGUCUUUCUCCUGUUGAAGAGAGUUUCUUUGAACAAGUUAUUGAAGAAUUUGAAGUUCAGGCAUAUGUUAAUUUUCAAGAAGCAAUAAAAAGUGAAGAAGGCUUAGGCGUUGAGUAUGAUGAAGAUGCCAUCUGUGAUGUUUGCCGAUCACCGGAUUCUCAGGAGAAUAAUGAAAUGGUGUUUUGUGAUUCGUGUAACAUAUGUGUUCAUCAAAUAUGCUAUGGAAUAACAAAAAUACCUGAAGGUAGUUGGAUUUGUCGAACCUGUGCUCUUGGUAUCAGGCCUGCCUGUGUACUUUGCCCUAAUAGAGGAGGAGCCAUGAAAACGUUGAGGUGUGGUCAAAAAUGGGCUCAUGUAGGAUGUGCUGUUUGGAUUCCUGGAGUAUCAUUUUUUAAUUUUAUCAAAAUGGAGCCUAUAAUAAAAAUAUCUCAAAUUCCUGCAGGCAGAUGGGCCCUUAUUUGUUCAAUCUGUAAUGUUAAAACUGGAGCCUGUAUUCUGUGUAGUGAAAAAAAUUGCAAAGUUGCAUUUCAUGUGACUUGUGCUUUUAAUGAAGGUUUACAGAUGAGAGCCUGCGUCAAAAAUGCUUACACUGAAGAUGAUGAACUUAGAGCUUUUUGUAAAAAACACAGCAAUAAGAGGCCUGGUAUGUUUUCUGAUUCUGAAGAAGAGCAUGCUGUUUUAAAACGAGAUUCUUUAAGCAAUGAAGAAAGGGCUAAUCUUAGACAGUUGAAGAUAUCAGAAAAGGAAGCUGAAUUCUAUAAUUAUGUUAGUAUUGAUGAUAUUGCUGAACAGUUUGAAUGUGAUAAGAGUGAAAUCGAAUCAAUCUUUUAUUACUGGAAACUCAAAAGAAGGGCAAAUGCAAAUCGUCCACUACUUACACCUAGAGUGCAGAACCUGGAGAAAGUAACUGAGGAAGAAAAUUCUCCUUUCACUUUCAUGAAGAAACUCGUUCUUCGACGAAGGGACUUAGAGAGAGCAAGGAAUCUGUGCUACAUGGUCAAGAAUCGAGAGAAACUCGUGAAGAAGUGGUUACAAGCCAAAGAAGAAAUUUUUAACAAACAAGUUUCUAUUUUGCGCAAGCAACGUAAAAAGUUGACAGAAGACCAAUUGAAUGCUGUUCUGAAUGCAAACUGUGGCGAUCUUGCUUAUGAUAAAAAGUAUUCUGGUGUUAAUGGUCCUUCACCUAACAUGGUUAGUGUUCUCACUAACCUUGUAGGUGAAGAUUCAGUGAGGACUAAGGUAAAUGGCCAGGUGAAACCUUCUAAGAAGAAUGAAAACCGUAAUUCUGUGAAAACGCCCAAUCCAUAUGCUAAGCAUUAUUUAAAUGGUUUAUUAGUACGAACUCAAAGGUUUCUAUCAACUGCUAACAAACAAAGAAAAGUGCAAUUUCAAAGUGAUACCUCAUGUCAGGAAGAGACUGAUAAUUCAAACUGUAAUUUUCAAUGUGAUGCCACGAAUUCAGUCAGUUGUGAUGUACCCAUUGAUUCAGAUAGAUUAUCCCAUGACCAACAUUUUUCAUCUGAAACAACAGAAAUUAUUUCAAAUAAAUUUUCAGAGGAUGAGAAUUUUCAAAAUACAUGUGCAUCAGAAUCAUCUCAUUUUAGUAAAAACUGUGAAGAAAAUGCUAGUUCCAGUUCAAUCACAUCUCCUGAAACCGACACUCGUUUGUGUUCUGCAUUUGACAAAAGUAUUGUUGAAACUGACUCAGGUAUUGAUAACACAAAUGGAGAUGUUGACUCAGCAAAUUCUCCUGCCGAAUUAAAUUUCGAUUCAAAUGUUGUGAUAGAAACAGCUAUGCAAAGUUCUGAUUCUGAGAAAUCCUUUGAUGAAAUAAAUUUUCAGUCAAAUGUUAAAUUGGAAGAUAAAAAUUCUAUUUAUAUUUCUAACGAUGUAAAUACAGUUAAUAUAAAAUUGGAGGAAUCUGAAGUAAUAUACAUGCCAGAUUUCGAUGUUGGGGCAAAUUACAAGAUGGAGCAAACAGAUGAUGCAUUAGUUGUUAAUGAAGUUUACAAUCCUUGUGAUACCGGUAUUAAGCAAUUCGAUUCUGCAUAUAACCCAUAUGAUCUAAAUUCUGAUGCUAAUGUUGUUAUUGAAGACUGUAUAUAUGAUGUUGAGGUUGGUUAUUCAGACACUCAAAUGUACAUCGAAAGUGACAUUGUAAAUAAUACUAAUCAGGAUAUCUGUGAUAAUGAAUAUGAUCUUGACUGUAAAUUAAAUCUCCAAAGUACUGAUUUUAAUUCUGAAACUAAACAGUCGAAAGAUAUUAAGAGUGAUGAGCUUAGUUCUGUAUCUUGUAACGAUAUUAAAGAUAAGGAACAGCUUGAUAACUCUCAAAUUCUGGAUAAUAAAUGUUUUAAACAAGAACCCAGUGAAAAUUCUUCAUUAGCAAAGUCAUCUGUUGAAAAUAAUUCUACUUUAUUUACCAAAACUGUCUCUUGCGAUAACUCUGAUGUUGAAGCAGAGAGGAAAACUUCAAAAGAAAUUCAUAAAAUUAAACCUAAGAAAUUCAAAUCGGCGAGUAUUACUAAGCAAAACAUCAAAUCUGAAACGCACAAGAAAAUAAAUGACCUUCUCAUAAGUACUGGUUCUAAUCAUGUAUCUAAUACUUCAAAAGAAUUUCUGUUAGGCAAAUUGAAUGUAGAGUUAGAGGAAUUGAAUCUGAAUCCUAAUAAAAUUGAAGAUAAAAAAAUGGAAACCAAUGCAAACUCAACUAGCAAUACAAAUACUGUAAAUUUUGAUACCAUUGAGAAAACUCUUAAAUUGGAGGUAAAGAAAAAUAAUAAUAGAGUUUUACCUCUUCCUUAUGUAGUGUUGAAGUCUGAUGAUGUUGUCAAGUGCUUGAAAGAAGGCGAUUCUGUAAAAUGCUCCAAAAAAGUAAAUAAUGUUUUAAGCUACAAACCAUCUGAAGGCCUUGAUAAAUUGAAUCAAAAAGAUAAUAAGAAAACUAAAGUGAAUGGUCUUGUUAAAAAGAUUUCCCCGCAUGAUUCUAAUUUAAUAAAAAAAGUUAAACCUGAUAAAGCAUUUGUUAAAGGAUCUCCUUUGAGGACUAAUUCGCCUACACCAGUGAAAGUGUCAGAAAACUGUAUACUUAAAUCAAGUAAACCAUCAAAGCGGAAAUUCAACCAUGAGUCAUCUUCCGUAUUUUCUAAACAACCAGUAGGGAAAUUAAAAAGUGCAAACAAUCUUUCAUCUGUUAAGCAAACAUCAUCAACUACUAAGUGCCAGGAAAAACUUAAAUCUUCGGAAAAGAACGAGAAUAGCACCAGAGUUCAAGAAAAGAUUGAGAGUAAUUCCAAACAUCCAGAGAAAGUUGAGAAUAGUUCCAAACCUUCAGAGAAAAUUGAAAACAGCUUCAAGCCUGUAGAGAAAAUUGAAAGUAGCACCAAACCUCCAGAAAAAUUUGAGAGUAGCUCAUCAGACUCAAAGAGUUUGCCUUUUACAUUUGAUAAAACUUUGCCACCCAUUCCCAAGAAGGAUUCCUUCCGAGGCUAUAAAAUACCCAAGAAACAACCUCAAACAAAUAAACCUGAAGAAAAUAGUUUAGAUUCCCGAAGAGGCAGUGUCCCUCUUUCUCCAUUGCCUGACAUUACUCCAGUUAAUUUAAGUGGUUAUCAAAGCAAAACUUCGUGGAGGAAACUUGAACCAAGGUCUGAGAAGGUCACCUUCAACAAACCACCACCUGUGAGGACUAAUGAUAUGCAUUCUCAUGAAGUGCCAUCAGAAAGAUUAGUUCUGAAAUUGACAAAAGACACAACAGAUCCUGAGUCAAUGCGUUGGAAAGCUGAUCCAAAUUCAUUUGAUCGGAAUAAUUGCAGACGGAACUGGAAUAAUAGACAGGUUCCUCCUCUAAUGCCUCCCCCUUUUCUUUCUCAUUUACCCCAAUUAGGUGGAGGUUCAUGGCCUCAUAGGGCUAAUCAAGUAAAUUUCAGACCAAUUCAUAACAAUUACUCGCAUGGUCCAUUUUCAUGACGAAAGUUUACUUAGUUAUUAUAUGUGAUAACCAACUGCACAACAUUGUCCCCUUUAAUAAAAAUUAUCAUAUCUGACAGUGCUUUUAUUACUAUGUCUAAUGCAGGCAUAAUCAGCAUUUACAUUUAAUUUUCAUAGUUGCAUUUAGUGUAUGCAGUAAAAGAUGCAUAUACAAGAAAGCUACUUCAUCUUAGUAAAAAUUUGCUAUGUAUUUUUAAUUACAUCAUAUAUUUGCUCAGUUGUUUUAUAGUUAUAUAUUUUAAGGUUUACAUUCUUAUAUAUAUUUAUAUAAACACAUAUACAGUUUACUGAAUAAGUGAGUUUGUUGGCUAGUAAAAAAUCAGUUUGUUGAAAUCUGGAUGUCUUAUUUGUGCACAAAACUGAAAUUAGUAUAGUUUGCACUCCUAGACAAACUUAGAAUAUUCUUUUAAUAAACCUUUUAGCAAUAUGACAAUAUUCUAUAUUAUUAUUUAAAAUGAAUCAUAGCAAGCCAUUUCUUUAUAUGUUUUAUUGAAUAAGAGAAAAGUAAAUGUUAAAGUCUCAUACAAACUUAUUAGUGCCGAAUUUUUUCAAAAUCAUAUAUGCUGUGCCUUUUGCAUUUAUGAAUUAUAACUAUUUAGAAUUGUAGUUUUCCUGAAGAAUCUUGCAAAAAAAAAAAUUUUUUUUUUCAGUUCUGUUUUGUUGUGUGAAAAUUUAUUUUCAGAUACAUAUUUUUAUACAUAUUAUUAUGUAUAGUUAUUUCUUUGAUUAAUUUUUUUUUCACCAUUUGAAUUUUUCCAAUUUUUUGCAUGUAAAAUUAUAUAAAACCACAAAGGAAAGCCUUUUUUUGCAGAAAGAUUUUUUUAAAACUGCCAUGAAUAUAUCUACUUAAAACAAAUCUCUAUGUAUUAUAUUCCUAAAAAAUUAAGUCUUAAUUAUUGCAAAAAUCUAUGAGAUAUAUUUAUUUUUACAAUUAUGUAAUCUAACUUUAUCAUUGAAAAAGAAUUUUCGUUGAAUAUAGUGUUAUUAAUAAAUAUAUAUCUAUUAGAAUAAUAAAUUUACCAAUAAAUCAAUGUCUUUUUCUUGGCUUAAAACAACCUUUUUGACAAACAGCGUAGUUGCGACAAUCUUUCAAUAACUGGAUGUAAAUCAAGUUUAAAGCCACGGAAAUUUAAUUUUGUUCAUCCUUAUCACUCUUAGGCUAAUAUUUUUUGGAAUAAUUAUGUUUACUUAUAGCAACUUAAGGACAGAUAAUUUACUUCCUCUUUGAAGAUUUUAAAAGAAAUACAGGUUGUUUUGAAUAAAUUUUUCAGGGAUACAAAAACAGGCAUUGAAGAUAAUGUUAGAUUUAAAAUUGUAAUUUGUUUAAAUAAGUCAUCAAAUUGCAAUUUAGUUUGUGUUUAUUUCAAAUCUAGCUACUCUAUAGAAUGCUUAUAACUGUACACCCAAUCAUUGGAUUGAAUGUUUUGCAAUACUGGUCAUUAUACUGACCAAUUAAGUAUGUUAAGUAGUAGAAAUCAGGAAGUUAAUAUAUUUUUAGUUAAUAUUUUCUGUGUUUUGAAAUAGUGUUUAACAUAGUGAUUUUUUUUCUUCUUCAUCUUAGAUUUGUUCUGCUUGUCUAUUUAUUUGUUAAGUACAAACAGAAUCUGACAUUUAAAUGUAUUAUUACUGGUCUAUGUUUCUAAUUCUGUUAUAAGUCUUAGUCCGUGGUCUCUUAAAUGCCAAAGUUCAAAGAUAUAGAAAAAUAAUAUAUAAAAAUAUCUAUGCAAUCUUUGUUGUUUAUUGGUAAUAUAAAAUAUAUGUCAUAGAUACAUUUUUGUGUAUAUAAAUCGUUAUAUUUUGCAUAGGUGUUGGUUUAUUUGUAUGAAAACCAUGAUUAUUUCAUUGUAAAUUAUUCAUGAACUGUACAGUUGUAUAGAAUGUGCAUACAAUGUAAAUAGACAUUUUUUACUUUUUAAUGUAUCCCUCCUAAAUACAAGUACAUCUCAUUCCAGAGUGUGUGUAAAUAGACUAAAAAGGUUUAAAACCUUGUAAUAGUACUCGUUUUAUCAUAUUAAUUGUGAUCGAGCAUUGUUUGGUUAUAUGUGCUCUUAGAGUUUUAUUUAAUGUGAUGUGAAAGUUUUAAGGAGGGAAUUACCUCAUAUGUUAGACUAAAUAUUGUAAAAUUAUAAUGUGUAUUUAUUUAUAAUUUAUACUUCAUUUAAGAAAGAAGCUCAAUAUGAAGUAUUAAUUAAAAACUCACUGCCUUAUUCUUUCAAAAUUAUUCUCUGCUCUUGGGUUCUUUCUUUUUUAAUUAAAAAAAAUUUUGCUUUAAUUCUGAUUCCCAAAUAGCUCUUUCAGAAAAUUCAGUAUCAGUUUCUUGCCUUUGUUAAAGUUUUAUUUUUCACCUUUUGCUAAAUAUCAUUUUCUUUAUGCACUAAUAAAAAGUAAAUUCUAUUUAUUUUGUCUAAUAAUAAAGCAAUUAAAUUGAAAAUGAUUCACUGUUCUUAAAAUAUGAGUACACAUAUUAAGUCACAUCUAUUUAUUACAUUUUUUUAAUUAAUUUUUCCGAACCAUCAAAAUUCUAGCAUAAAUUACUUUUAUUUUUGCCCCAAUUUCCUUCCCUUUAAUUGAUGUCACUCUUUUUGUUCCAAACUACAUACAUACUAUUAUAUAGACUUGAUUGUUGGGUAUCAUUCAUAAGUAAAUUAAUCCUUGUGGUAUUAAGAUCAAAGUAUUACUUAAAUGCCUACAGUAGAUAGGGUGUAUUUGAUGAUUAAGGGUCAUUUAAAUAUUAUGUAAAGCAAUUAAGAAGAGUUAGCAAUUUACUUAUUAGAAUAUGGAAAAAGAAACAAGCAAUGCUAAUGUUAGACACUUUAAUUCUUAGUCGAAAAUUGCUAAAAAAUAUUUGAGGGGGGGAAAUUAUGCUUUUGAAAAAAUAUACAUUAAUUUCUAAAAUUAUCUAAAAGUGCAUACAUCAUGUUUAAAUGACACUUCAAGCCAGAAAACGAAUGAAGGGAGAACUGUUAAAAUAAUACUGGUAUUUUUUUACUGGAAGUAAAUAUUUUUAUUUUCAUUAAAUACUUUGUCUUCACAAUAUUAAGUUAAAACUAAUAAUGAAAUGCUCUCAAAAAAGGUAAUUUUGGCUACCUAAAAAUUUAAAUAAACUAUUAAAAUUCUAAAAUAUUUAUUUCAUACUGAUAAAUUGUACUAACAAAGAACAAUUUAAAAUAUAAUUUAGUUGAGGGAUUAAGUUGACUGGUAAUGCUCUAUGGAUGUUAAAAAAUAUCAAUUUUUGCUUACUUUUAUUUUUCACACUUAAACUUAAUUAGCAAAUACAGAGAUUAUUUCUAUAUCAAUUCAUCCACAAGAUCCCAUUAGGGUAGCUUUUACUUGAUGUCUGUAUUGUUUAAUAUCAUGCUCAUUAUAUUUCAUUAUAGCAAUAUUACCUCAAAUGUUAUUUUUCUAUUUUAUCAUAUUUUAUCUUAAAUUCUUUUCCUAUAUUUUUAAAAAAUUUUUUAAAUGUUGAAUCUCUGAAUUUUUUAGGAAUAUCAUUUAACCAUAUAAAAUGGGUCUUUUGUUAUUAGAUCGUAAUAUAUGAGAUGCUUUCUAAAACCUUAAGUGAAGAGUUUUUUUUUUUAAAAAAAUUUGUUAAGAUAUUUAUAUUUCAGGUUUUAAUUUCUUUUAAAAUUCUGACAUAAUUGUUUCUUUAUAAUUAUCAAACACUUAUAAAUUAAUUAAUUUCCUUUUUUUUUCUUGCAAUAGGAUACGUGAAGCAGAAGGUUUAUUAGUUUCGCCAUCUUAAACUCAUUAAAUUGUCAAAAUAUUAAGAUGUGUUUAUUUCUAAAUUUUUAUUUGAUAAAUUAAUGGAAAUAGAAAAUUGCAAUAAAUAAUUAUAAAAUUCAUUAUCGUAGAUAGGUGAGAAUUUCUAAGAUAAAAGCUUAUAAUUGCGGGAUAAAACAACAAUAUAUUGCAUUUCUUUACUGUGAAAAUGUCUUGACUAUGGCAAUGUCAUUCUUGCUCCCCAUACUUAUUGUUAAAUACUUUGUGUUUGCUUUGAAUCAAAAUGCAUAAUUUGAUUUUGUUAGAAAUUUCUUAUAUCUAUAAUGUAGGAUCCGAUAAAGUGCACUUGGUUUUUAAAUAUCUUGUUUUUUAAUUCUGCGUCUGUGGGAAAUUCAUUGAAUUAUUUCUUCUUUGAACCAGUGUUUCAGCAAUUUGAAAAGGUUAGGAAUAUAUACCAAAAUUAUGACAUAGCAGAUAUGUAUCAUUGCCACUGUACAAAGAACCACUAUUUUGUGACCAAUAAUUAUUUUGAUUCUUUUUAAUAGACUUGAAGUACAUUGUUACAUUAAGACAUGGUUUUAACAUUAAGACAGGGUCUCAAUAAUAACUGUCACAAAUCGUUGUUGAACAUAUAAGAUACUAAGUUUAUAGAUGUUAACUGGCUGUUGUGUCAUUAAUUUUUAUUGUUUAUUUCUACUUUCAAUACUAAAUAUUCACUAUAAUAAUAUUUUUACCGUAAAAGUGAAGUGAAGCAGUUAUACCAAUUAUACAUUGGUUCAGUGAUACCAAGUUUGUUCUUACAUUAGUAUUUGUUUUACUUUUAAUCUAAAUCUGCCCAAAACCUACAGGAUGACCUUCUAUGAGACCUAGCUCAAAAAUUAUUGAAUUUAUAUUUUAAAGAAAGAGAAAAAAAUUAGCAGUUCUUAGGUAGUAAAAAAUUAGCAGCUCUUUUAUGUAAUAGUCAUUAAAAAUUAUAUUACGACUCCAGAAGGAAAAAAGAACCUCAUUCGAAUCUAAAAUUACCAUAAACCAGACCUUCACAACAUAUGACCCCCCCUCCUCCCUAGCACUCAGUAUGACCUCCAAAUUCUUCAUGUAAAUCUGGAAAUUAAAUUUAUAAUUUCCUUGACUGAAUAUGCUUUUGUUUGGUAGAAUUUCAUUAUGUCAAUGCAUUAUUAAAUUAAUUUCUAAAGUACAAAUUUGUCCACACCUUAUCCAAUCUACUUUAUAUAGCUAAUGUCUGGAGGUUUCCAGAAUACUACUCACAAAUAAAAAACGUUCUCAAAAGUUCUUGAAUUGUGUUAUUUUGUUUUUGAAUAAAUUCUUUUUUCUUAUUUUUUGGAUGCAAUGAUUUUUAGUUUAUGUAUCUUAAUAAAUUCUUGAAGAAAAUUAGUUUUUUUUUAUACACUUAUUUUUUGUAAUUUAAAAAAAAAAAAUAUUUUUCAUAAUAUGGCCCUUAUCAGGUUUUAAGUUGUGUUGGUCAGCUCUGAACAAUCAAUACCGCCGUUUAAGCCUACCGCUUCAUAUUCCUAGGCUGUUAUUGCAUAAUUUUAUGUUCCAGUAUAUCCCCUUCAAAUUAGUGAAACACUGUUAACUUAUAAUUCACUUAUAUACUUCUUAAGGUUUGUCAAAUGAUUUCUUACACCUGGAAUUAGAAGUUUUAGUUAAAACUUUAAUGUUUUGAAGAAGUUGAAUUCUAUAUAUGUAUGUAUAUACAUAUAUGUUAAUUUGAUUAUAUAAAAAUAUAAGUUUCUUAAAAAAUAUUUCCCAUUUUUAAUUUUUUUCUAUUGUUAUUUAUCUAAAGUUUAAAAUGUCUUAAUUCUUAUUUACUAUCAUAUUUUCAUUUUUGUUAUCGUGUUUGUAGAUAAGUAGAGGAAUGAGGAUUUGAGACUUAUAUAAUAAGUAUAGGAAUAAGAGUUAUAAGAAUCCUAAGAUUAAUUUCUCCACUUGGUUCGUUCUCACCCAUUAUACAGACUCAACAUAUGCACUCACUGCCUUUAAAGUGUAUAAAGAAAUUUAUAUAUAAUGGCCAUAUUGUAUAAUAGUUAUUUGUAAAUUUGGACCGAGAAGAGAAAAAUUGCCUUUAUAUUAAAAAAUAAAAUUUUCUUUCUAGA